AUGCCCGAUGUUUUUGAUUUUACUGAUUCACCGAGUAUACCCGGUAUUCCGGCCAACUUUCCACAAUUCAACCCUACUUUGCAUCCAAAUGAGCGACUGCUGACUCGAUGCGCGAGUGAAGAAGCUCACAUGACGACUCGUCCGAUAACGCCAAGCACAAGACAGCCCAAAGUUGCAGGCAUACAUUUCUUGAAGGACGGACUACCUUCUGGAGACUUUCCGUCCCUACUCCCAGGACUCUUUUUGAAGAAGGAUUCCUGCGAGAGUCGGUACCAAGGCUUGAAUUCUAUUGGCGCGACUUUGUCGUCAUGCCUAGUUUAUGCUAGGAAUCACUCCCCCGAGUUUGGAGAGCAUAGACUUCUCCAGUAUCUUAUCCACGGUAUUACCUACAUGGAUGAAGCCAACAAAUGCGUUGCGCCAAGAAUAGAUCCUCAAGAUCUUCCGGAUCGUUCUCUUGUGGAGUAUGGAGUCGACUUGUUUUUCAAAAACGUUUACCUGCGGUAUCCGAUCGUCAGUGCAGAACUAAGGACGUCAUGGAUUCGCUGGUAUGAAGGCUCUUCCAGCCCACCAGAUCCUAUCCAAUUCCUUUGCGUUUGUCUCAUGACCGCAAUUGGAGCAAUAAUGCAUCCCAGCGGCCCCACGGAAGAGAUGCAGGCCAAAAUUUCUGCCCUGCACCUACGGGCUUGGUCAAUGAUGGACUAUGUGUUGGCCUACCCGUACACAGGGUCGGUGCAGGUAAUUCUUCUUCACACAUUGUACUUCACGCAGCAAGGCAAGUUGGGAAUUGCAUGGUCGACGUGUGGUACCGCGCUACGCGCAGCAGAGUCUAUAGGUCUGCACCGACAUACACCCGGCGAUCUGCAGCUGAGUGACGAACUUGUUAGGCUCCGUGCAAGGUUAUGGUGGACCGCCUAUAGCCUUGACGCCUUUUUAUCAUUAUGCGAGGGUCGGCCGACUGGGACAUCGCCAGACAAAACAGACACAAAAAUUGAGCCUCUUACGCCUGAAGAAUGUUUUGAUGACAGUGACUUGGUGCCAGGCCCCAUGAUCUAUGCCUGGUAUGUCAAACUGGCAUGUAUUGUGAACGAAGUCGCAGAUAUCAUCGGCCGCGAGAAAACUCCGAAUGAGUGCUUGUACCGCCUUGCAGAGUUGGACUUGAAGCUCAUUGCCUGGCGCGACUCAAUUCCUCUAGAAUUUCGACCCGAGCAGGAGAACCUGGCCCCUGUCCAACUGCAGCAUCACGUUGCUUGGUUACACGUGCAGUUCUUCAACGUCCUACGGACCUUGCACUGGACGUCAACUUUGCUUACUCACAGAAGAGAUGAGAUAUUCCUUGCCGACGGGUACCCCCGGCUCCGAUCAAGUGAGGCUAUUUGUGUCGCAUCAGCUCGAUCCCUGAUCAGGACAUCGAAUAGUGGGUCGGAAGUCUCUGAUACCAGGGGACUUCGCAUAUUGGGUGUCCCGUCGGCAUUUUUCCUGGCUGCAACAUCCACCAUUUUCAUGCAUAUUUUGAAAGAGCCAAGACGCCUUUCUGCUAAGGCAGACGUCGAAUAUCUCCGAGCGGGGAUACACCACUUGACUUCCACAUACUUUGCAGCCCAGGUUGGGCAAGGCCAGGAAAUCUUUUUGCAAAUGCUACAGAUUGCAGAAACUGCAACGGAUUCGUUUAAUUGUAUGACUAACAGGGUAAAUGUUUGA